AUGGCCGUCGUCGACGGGAGGCAGCCGCUGCAGCAGCAGAACCACCCGAACAAGAUCCGGUGGGGGGAGCUUGAGGAGGACGAUGCGGAUUACUACGCGUACCUCCUGCCUCCUCCGGUGGUGAUCGGCCCUGACGAGAACGGGGUGAAGAAAGUGAUCGAGUACAAGUUCAAUGACGAUGGGGAGAAGGUCAAGGUCACCACCACCUCCCGGACGCGGAAGCUCGCCCGGGCCCGUCUCAGCAAGAAGGCGCUGGAGAGGCGGAAAUGGCCCAAGUUUGGGGACGCUGUCCACGAGGAAGUCGGGAACCGCCUCACCAUGAUAUCAACCGAGGAGAUUAUCCUCGAGCGUCCGCGAGCGCCAGGUCCAAUCUUCUUGUCCCGUCCUCAUUAUUUCCUCGAGUUAUUUAUUUAUUUUCCUGAUUCGAUUGCUUUGCGGAUGUUUUCCCUCGUCGCUCCUUUAGUACGGAUAUGCAUAUUUACAAUUUAUGUCGUUCAUGCGUGUUUGAGACCCUGGAAAGACUUUUUGGGGCUUUGGAUCAUGUUGAAGAGUCUUCUAGAUGUCGAGAGACACCUAGAAGAGAUCUUUUAGGAACGAGAUUUUUUUUGUCAGAACCUUUGGCAUCUUGUGUCCAAUCUCCUUUGGCAAUAGAGAAUGUUGUUGACCAUUGAUAUGAAGAUGAGAAAGGUUAUCAUUCUUCACUAAAAUCAGAGCAAAUCAACUUACGAUAGCUGUGAAUGUAGAUUUUUGGUUUUAUUCUAUUUGAGGAUUAGUAAUCGUGGAAAUCACUUUGUGAUUGUGGCGGAUGAAGAUGCUUAGGACUGAAUGGUAAAGGUUAUUUGUCUUCUUAUCUUAAAUAAACUUUCAUAAAUGAGUUGAAAAGUCGUAAUCAUAUAUAAUUUUGGGUAGACGUCGGUACUCCAGAGGGCGCUGAUCGGUAUAAUGGUAUAUAUUGAUCAAUUGGAGUCACUGUGGCCCUGUACAUGUGGUUGGCUUGGUUUUUCAAAAUUUUCACGGAAGGGUAAGAGUGCCACAUGAGCUGAUGUCGGGGGAGACGUUUAAAAUUUUAUGAGGACGUGACAUUGCUAAUUGUCAAAACGAGGGUCGAGAAGAAGGGAUUCAAAAUUGGCCAAUACAUGCCUCGAACUGACUCCUAUAUUACAAAGAGAACCAUGAAGAAAGGAUUUUAAGAUGUGACAUUGCCAUCUUGAAUACUAAGAAGCUUAGUGUGGGGAACAUAUUCCAUCCGGAUAUCAAAUGUUGGAAAUUUGAAGGAGACAAUUUUAACUUUGGUUGAAGAAAUGGCAGUGGUGUGAUCUUCAUUUUAGCGGCCAGUUGGCAGCAUUUGUAUCCUGGCACGAAGUACGAAUUCCCCUUUCUUGUAUGGCAUGCUCACGUAAAUGUUUGAUUCGGAUGUCAUUAUUCAACAUUCCCCUUUAUGGAUACCUUCGAGAAGGAGGUUUCACCUAAAUUUCGAUUUAGAUCAAUUUUUUCUCGGGAAAGUUAUGAAUUCCCAGGAGAUUGAAUAGUCUCCUGUUUGUAUUAGCAAACCUUUUCGGAUCAUUAUAUCCCUUGCUUUACAGCAGAAGUGUUGUUUUUGAGUCAAAAUUUCUGUUGAAAGAAAGGAAGUCGAAAUGUUGGAUACCUUUAUGUGUCUCCUCUCUUUGCUGAUAAAGUAUUUCAGGCCAUGGUUUCUGGAGUAUUUUUGAUUUUGCGAAAAUUCUGUGUUCUAAUUUUUACGGGCCAUAUAAUAGUUGGCCUUACUCAGCAUGGCCUCCGCUCCCUUCAUGUGGUGAAAACGAGUAAAAACUUUGGUGCAUCAGACCAUCUUCUCCCAAUCUGUGUCCACCAUUCGGCCCCUAUUUUUAUGUAUCUUUUCUAGUUGUUUUGUAUGUUCCAUUUUGUUAUGACCCACGAAAUUUUCAUCGCUUUGUUUUAGAGUUUUAUUAAUACUUUUAACGGAUGGCUAUUUCUGCUCAACAAUUAGUCCAUUCAAAUUUGAACGAUGCAGACAAGCUCUGUUUUCCUACUCCUUGGUCAAAAACAAACGCGACUGUGUGCCAGCCUGUAGAACUCUGGUCCAACUGUGGGUCAGGAUUCAUUCAUAACCUCCUUUAGGUCGUGCCAUCUAUAUCCAGAGAAGCAUAGACAUGUUUCCCAUCUCGAAGAAAGAAAGCUGUUGUAGUAGGCUAUAGGCAUUCAGAUGAUAAAAGGCUGAAUAAAGGCAUUCUCUGCCUUCUCUCCUUUAUGUGAGUUUCUUCAGGUAGCAAGGCGGAGGAGGCAACCGCGCCUGAUGCCCUGGCCACGGUUGCGAAAGCCGGCGCCGUGCUCAUGGUCUGCAGGAUCUGUCACAAGAAGGGCGACCACUGGACGGCACAGUGCCCGUACAAGGACCUCGCCGCCGCCACCGCCGAUACGUUCGUUGACGGGCCCCCGAGCUCUGAAUCUGCAGCGGCUCCUGCCCCGGGCGCCCGGUCGGGUACUUAUGUGCCGCCGGGGAUGAGGGCGGGUGCCACCAGCGCCGGCGAGAGGAGCCUCCCUGACCGGCGCCGGAACGACGAGAACUCCGUGCGGGUCACAAACCUGUCGGAGGACACGAGGGAGCCGGACCUCCUCGAGCUCUUCCGCACCUUCGGCCCCAUCAGCCGCGUGUACGUCGCGGUGGACCAGAAGACGGGCGUCAGCCGGGGCUUCGGCUUCGUCAACUUCGUCAGCCGCGGCGACGCCGAGAGGGCGAUCAACAAGCUCAACGGCUAUGGCUACGACAACCUGAUCCUCCGGGUCGAGUGGGCGACCCCCCGGGCCAACUGA